AUGUCACCAUCUAACCACACUCAGCAUCAUAGCUACCGCAGACAAGAAGAGCGCCAAAAGGAGACGACUGAGGUGAAAGUUGAAUCCGAUGUCCACGACGUCCACGAUGUCCACGAUGAUGCCAACAGCGGCUUUUUAAUAACGUCCGAUGCCACAGAUCUCAAGCCACCAAGCAGAUCCAGUUAA